GAGGAAGAAGAAUAUGAUGAUGAUGAUGAUGAUGAUGGUGAGGAAGAUGUUGGUGAUGAUGGUGUAAAGAUGAUGAUGAGGAGGAGGAAGAGGAAGAAGGAGAAUAAGAUGAUGAUGAUGAUGAUAGUGAUGAAGAUGUUGAUGAUGAUGAUGAUGAUGAUGAUGAUGAAUACCCACACCAUAUUCCCAUGCAUACUCCCAUCUUGUCGAGGAGAGCCUCGGUGGGCGGGGCUUCUGUAGCGCACAACGCGCGCGCCCUCAGCUCGCGCCAGUCGGGAGAGCAGCGCGCGGACUCGGUCCCGAGUUUAUCCGUUAUGAGGCGGACGAGUCUGUCGGUAUUUCCCCUCUGUGUUCCCUGCUGCGAUGAGGAAAGCGACUAGUUCUCAACUCGCACCUGAGGCUCAGGCCGAAUAAAACCACACAUUUUAAAGCAGAAGUGCUGGGAAACUUUGCCCGGGGGAGACAUGGCGUCCAUCGGGGACUUCGACCCGCUUCACACCAGCGUCCCUGCCACAAAAAUAGAAGUGACCGUGUCGUGCAGAAACCUGCUAGAUGUGGACACUUUCUCCAAGUCUGAUCCAGUUGUUGUCUUAUACGUGCAAGGAAUUGGGACAAAAGAAUGGAGAGAGUUUGGCAGGACCGAAGUGAUUGAAAACACUCUGAACCCAGACUUUGUGAGGAAGUUUGUUUUGGAUUACUUCUUUGAGGAGAAGCAGAACCUCCGAUUUGAUGUAUAUAAUGUGGACUCCAGAAGUUCAAACAUUUCAAAGCAUUCCUUCCUGGGCCAGACUUUCUGCACUCUGGGAGAAAUCAUUGGCUCGUCUGGAGCUCGUCUGGAGAGAGCGCUGUCGGGUAUUCCAGGCAAGAAAUGCGGGAACAUCGUAUUUACAGCAGAGGAGCUCAGCAAUUGCAGGGAUAUUGCCACCAUGCAGCUCUGUGCCAACAAGCUGGAUAAGAAAGAUUUCUUUGGGAAAUCGGACCCUUUCCUGGUGUUCUACCGCAGCAACGAGGACGGCACGUUCACCAUCUGCCAUAAAACAGAGGUGAUCAAAAACACUCUGAAUCCAGUGUGGCAGCCCUUCACUAUCCCUGUACGUGCUCUGUGUAAUGGAGAUUAUGACAGAACAGUUAAAGUCGACGUCUAUGACUGGGACCGAGAUGGAAGUCAUGAUUUUAUUGGCGAGUUUACCACCAGCUACAGAGAGCUGUCUCGAGGCCAGAGCCAGUUUAAUGUCUACGAGGUCCUCAACCCCAAAAAGAAAGGCAGGAAAAAGAAAUACAUAAACUCUGGCACAGUGACGCUUUUGUCCUUCAAAGUGGAAUCAGAGUACACUUUUGUGGACUUCAUCAGGGGCGGGACUCAGCUCAACUUCACAGUAGCCAUAGACUUCACUGCUUCCAACGGUAACCCAUCCCAGCCCACAUCUCUCCACUACAUGAGUCCGUAUCAGAUGAAUGCCUACGCAAUGGCGUUAAAAGCAGUUGGUGAAAUCAUUCAGGAUUACGACAGUGACAAACUCUUCCCUGCUUAUGGGUUUGGGGCUAAAAUUCCUCCUGAUGGAAAUGUCUCCCAUGCUUUUCCUCUGAACUCAGACUGUGAGAAUGCUAACUGUGUGGGAAUUGAGGGAGUCCUGGAAGCUUAUUACGAAUGUCUGCGAACGGUGCAGCUCUACGGACCCACCAACUUUGCUCCUGUCAUCAGCCAGGUGGCAGAGGCUGCAGCAGGUGUGACAGACGGCUCACAGUACUUUGUGCUGCUCAUGAUCACAGAUGGAGUCAUCUCCGACAUGCUACAGACUAAAGAGGCCGUGGUCAAUGCUUCCUCCCUGCCCAUGUCAAUCAUCAUCGUCGGGGUGGGGCCUGCCGAGUUUGAUGCGAUGGAGGAGUUGGAUGGAGACGAGGUGCGGGUGUCCUCCCGGGGCCGUGUCGCAGAACGGGACAUUGUUCAGUUUGUGCCGUUCAGGGACUACAUCGACCGCUCAGGAAAUCAGGUGCUAAGCAUGGCUCGUCUGGCCAAGGAUGUACUGGCUGAGAUCCCUGAGCAGCUGCUGUCUUACAUGAAGAGCCGUGGCAUCGAACCCAGACCUGCUCUGUCCCACUCUCCUACACCGCAUAUCCACGUACAUCUCUGAACCCAGAUCAAGCUCCCGUUCACACUGCAGAUUAGCUGGAUAUAAUAACUGUAUAAUAUAAUGUAGUGUAUGUGGUAACGUCACCCUUUGAUGGUAAUGAUCACCUUGUUUUUUCAUCGGUUUACACUUACUCAGGUUUUAAGUACUGUCUUGUCAUUUAUGGACGUAUGACAUCUCUGUAUGGCUCUCCCACAGUCUCUACAUGCUGUAGAUGUGUGUCCAAGAUGGACGGUUUAACUCAUGCACACUUGUAGGUAUGUCUUUAACAUGUAGUGCAGCCCCUAAUAGUUAUUCAUUUUUAUAUCUAUUUCCUUCUUCAGCUGUUUUGCCUUCACUCUUACUCUGUCUUUGUUUUUCUUUUUCUCUUAAAACAGCUUGUCAACUCAUAUACAUUCACCCUUUACCUGUUCAGAGAGAACAAGUGGUGUAAAUAAGUGCAGCUAUUUCUAAACAGAAGUUUUGGCGUCUGGCUAGCUCAGUUGGUAAAGCAUGGGACUCUUGAUCUCAGGAUCUUGGGUUUGAGCCCCACGCUGGGUGCCAACCCCAGCCACUGGGGGUGCACAAGCUAGUGCACGCCCAGUGCCAGUCCCAAGCCCGGAUAAAUGGGGAGGGUUGAGUCAGGAAGGGCAUCUGGUGCAAAACCUGUGCCAAAUCAAUAUGCAGACAAUGAUCCACUGUGGUGACCCCUAAUGGGAGUAGCUGAAAGAACAACAACAACAUUUCUAAAUGAAAGAUUUAUAAACAGAAAUUAAACAGACACUGUUGAGAAAGAGAAGAACUAAAGACAUUGUUUACCCUUAACAGCACACCUAAGUUGUUUUAUUACAUUUAUUCCAUAGGAAUGUUUCAACAAUUAUAUUUUUACAUGUAAUUACAGAUGCUGUUACAUUUAAUGUUGCAGAAUGUCCGUGAAACAAGUUAGUUCCUGUUAUCACGUGUGAUAUAACAGGUAAAAAUAUUCGUUCCCUCACCAGCCUCUUGUUUUUUUCAAGGCAAAAAAAAAAAUGCAGCUUGUCAUGUUACUGAGAAACUGAGAACAUUACUGAGAAAAUCAUCUACCCUGAACACAUUCCCUAUGGCAAAAAACGUAAAGGAACAGUUUACUGUCUGACACAGGAGUCUCCAGAAAGCUUCACUACAAUGUGUUCAUCUUGGUUAAGCAACACUUUUUAAAAAAAGAAAUUUUUUAAUUGUUAAAUUUAAAUUAUGUGAGUUUCUGCCAUGCAAGACCUGCUGAGUUAUUUGGUAAGGUAAUAUUUGACACUUAACAAUACCGUUCCAUAAAUAAUAGGUCCCUAAGCAAGAACGAAUGAAUAGUCUUUCAUUAAAACUUGCCAUACACUUUUUAAUUACUAAGAACUAACCUUGUACCUUUGUAGGUUAUUGUUGCCAAUUUCUCUCUUUAGGCCUUGACUGGCUAAAUAAAACAACACACCGACCCUUUACUCCUCUGAGGAGACCUGUUUGUGUGGACAAUAAUAACUCAUAUUGAUUUAUACUGUACGUUAGAGACUGAGGUAUUGGAAUAAGUUGAGGUAUAUUAGGUAGUAGAUCUCCAUGAGGAAAGUAAAGCAUAGCUACUGGGAAUUAAUGUUGAUGUGAUUAGUACUUCAUUAGUAGUUAUUAUAAAAUAGCCAUAGUUAGCUAGUAGUUCUGCAUAUAUAUGUUCAGAGAUAUGUUCAACUCUGUAAAUACUAUUAAAGAUGCAGUGAUUAGUGCUAAGUUAAUAACGAACUCCUCCUACCAGCUGCUCAUCAACUAGUAAUUUUUAGUAUUUAAUAGGAGUAACACAAGUGUUAAUGAAGAACUGUGCAUUUGUUUCUGCUUACUUCCUGCAUAGUUUCGUAUGAAUUAUGGAACAGUAUUGUAAAGUGUUGACCUUGUUGAUAUGGAAAUUCACAGAUAAUGUAUUAGACCCAGCACAUUAAUGCAUACCUGUCAUUAGCCUUGCAGCUGGCACUACUAUAAAAGCCUUGCCAUGGACAGAGGAAGUAAAAAGGCACAGUGAAAAAUGGGACAGAUUGGUUGUACAUACACAACAACACAGAGGGAUGAGCGUGCUGAGAAUAUUAUUGGCAGUGUUUGGGAGUAGGGUAUCUUAUGUUAAGAGGUUUGUAUUAUGCUGGGAAGUCAUGGAUGAGGCAGGACACUGAAUCUGCCAUUGAAGGAGGACAUGUUGGAGUAAUGGCAUUGUACUGAAAAUGUAUGUGUAAUUAUAUUGUUCUAUAAGUUGCAGUAAUUGCACAGCAUUUUGCAUGUAUAAGUCUGCACAACUUGCUCUGAUAUUAAUGGAUGUUUUCUCAAUUCCCCACCAACCCAAAUGUUGCAUGGUUGAAUUACAUACAGUGAAACAACUUACAGCUAAAUAUAAUUAUAUUUGUACAAGUUUAUUGUGCUUGUGUGCCAUCUUGUGGUAAACAAUGUCAUCACAUGUAGUUGUGCAAAAUGCCUCAGUGUAAUAUCUAAAUCUAGUAAAAUAUUUAAAACAUUUUUAUCUAGCAUACUGUUAGGAUAUGAAGGACAGUUUCAGUUUUUCUUUGCCAUCAGUGUCUUACCACAUUUUUAAUAAAGCAUGUAUGUCUGGUA